GUGUCAGCUAUUUCCUCACACGAAUUUUCAAUUCGCAACGAAUCCAGAAUGGUUGCCAAAGCUCCCCGUUUCCCCUCCGUCUUUGGGAGCCAGGAACAGAAAGAGGCUUUCGAGCAAACAGAGCGUGACGUCAAAGAGCUCCAAGGAGAGAGUUUCUCAUUCAAAGACGCUCAGGGAAACUUCCUCGGCCCUUUCGGAGUUCUUUGUUACACUCCAUCAACCUUCAAGCCGUUCCUCAGCUACUCAAAAUCCUAUUACACUCUGCCGCACCUCACCCCCAAGGAGCGCGAAUUGACCACGUUGGCGACUGUUUCUGUCACCAAGAGUGACUACGUCGAGUACGCUCACCAGAAAAUUGGAAUAUCAUUAGGCUUGACCCAGGACCAAGUCGAACGAGCCAGCGCAGGGCAUCUUCCAAAGGGCCUAUCGGACAGAGAGGAAUGCGUCUACGAGCUAGCGUUGAGCGUUGCAAGAGGCUUUGGUAAUAUCAAAGACAAACAGUUUGAUUCCGCUGUUGCAUUGCUGGGUAAAGAGGGUGUUGCUGCGUUGGCUCAGCUGGUCGGAGGAUACUUGCUUAUAAGCACGAUGGAGAGCGUGGCAGGUGGUUCGGUCCCCGAGUCUUGA